UUUCCCUUCUUAAUCACCAUAACCAGUCCUCUAGUGAUUCAACCUAGAGAAAUGGUGGUGCCAGGAUUGACAGGUGGUGAAAUUUGCUCCGGCAAUUGAAUAAUGAAGGAUUUGUGUUCAGUGUCAGAGAGGGGUCUCUUUACCCCAUGUGUGGGAAGAUGCUCGUGAUCAAUGGUGAAAGACAAAAGAUAUAAAGAACUUCCAAAGGGGAUAUUCAACACUAUAACAUCCAUCUACUUUAUUGAAACUUUGUUCUCUUUGUUUGUUGUGCUGUAUUUCUUUUUUCUAUAUUGCUCUUCUAGCUACAGCAAUGGAGGCUUCUAGAAUCCUAGGAUGUAAAGAGGAAGACAGUGGGACUAGCGACACUGAGUCUGGGUGGACAACCUAUAUUGCCUCCCCAUCUCAAGAGAACCGCCGCCGCCACCAUGAUGAUGACGAUCACAACACUUGCAAUAAAGCAGAUUUCAAAAUGGGCAAUUGUAGUUAUGAUGAUGGAGGUGGUGAGAGUGAUGACUCCAUGGCCUCAGAUGCCUCGUCUGGCCCAUGUCAUCAUGAAUUUCCAUGUAAAAGCAAUGAAAGAAAUGUCGGCACAGGAACUACUAAAUAUUCAUCAAGAGAAAAACUUCACAGACAGGUUAAGCAAAAAGAUGGAGCAAGGCCAUGGAUCAAAGUAGAAAAACAAGAAUUAGUACCAGAGGCAAAGAGUGCUGCCAGUCACAUUCAUGGCGGAACCAAGCCAAGGACCAAGUAAGAGGAAUUAUGCUCCUAAAUUUUCACUUAUCCUAAAUGCUACGUACUUUUUUCUGUGUCUUUCCUGCUACUGCUCCUCAUAUGACUAGAAGCAGAGUGAACUCCAUGCUACUGUUUGAGAUUCCAAAAACUGAAUGUGAAUGUCAUUAGUCGUUGUCUAAAAGCAAAGAUGCCAAACAUAUUCCAUGCACUAAAUUCUUUGUUACUUUCUCAGUUCUCCUUGGAGAAUAUUGGCAAGACCAUGAAGCAGACACCCAUGUCGACAUUU